AUGGCUUUAAAUUACCUCAUGUGGAAUGAAGAUUUGGUUCGAAAGAGCAAAGAUGGACUACUCUUGAGAUGCUUGGGAAAGGAAGAAUACAUGAAAGUCAUAGGAGAAGUCCAUGAAGGAAUCUGUGGAGCACAUCAAGGUGGAAGGAAAAUGUGCUGCCUGAUUAGAAGACAUGGACCAAUCCAACAAGCUCCCUCAGUCUCCAUGAAUCCAGUUGUUAAGUCAUGGCCAUUCAGGGGAUGGGCAAUGAACCUCAUUGGCAAAAUCUAUCUAGCCAGUAGCAAACACCACUGUUUCAUCAUUGUGGCUAUAGAUUACUUCACUAAAUGGGUGGAGGCUAAAUUGGUUAAAUCCACCACAUCUCAAGAGAUCAUCACUUUCAUUGAAGAACAGAUUGUACAUAAGUUUGGCAUACCAGAAUCAAUCACAACUGAUAGAGGGACUUUUUUCAUAUUCAGAGAGAUGCAAGAUAUGACAAGUAGGCUCAAGAUCAGGUUACUCCAAUCCACUCCUUACUAUGCUCAAGCAAAUGGACAGGCAAAAUCAAGCAACAAGGUGGUCAUUAAUAUCAUCAUAAAAAUGCUUAAGGAAAAUCGAAGGCAAUGGCAUGAAAAAUUGUCGGAACCCUUAUGA